GAUUCUUUUGUACAAAUGUUUUAAUUCCAAAGAUUCAGUUUACUUCAAAGAACUAAAAUGCACAUUACUAACCGUAUGUUGAAUCGUACGCCAUUUUGCCUCCAUCCCAGAAUGCAGUGCGGCUUUGACAACAACACUUCGCCAUUUCAGGCUCAGGGGGGUUGAGCUCGAACUGUGAGCGAGGGAAUUAGGUCAACCCAAGCCAAGGCGCCACUUUGGCACUUUCUUAGUCCGAAACGCCGUUUAGCUUUGUUUUCACUGCUUGGGAAAGAACCUGCGAAAGAACUCCCAUGCUUGUUAUUUUCCUGGUCCGAAUGAUCUUUUUUAGCGUGGGCCCGGGCUGAGCUGUCAUCUCGGUUGUCGGAUUUUCCAGCUAGCAAGCUAGCUAAGUGUAAACAAGGAUGAAAAGGAUAAAAGGCACCAAGGAGGAAGGUAACGGCUCCCCCAGUAAGAGUCCACCUGAGCCUCGCAAGAAAGCUCGGAAACAGUCGAGCCCGCCGUCUGAGGCAGGCAGCUCGCUGGAUGCAAACUGGGAUUGUCUGCCCCAGGAGCUUUUGCUGCACAUCUUCCAGUACCUUCCUCUGCUGGACCGGGCCUUCGCCUCACAGGUGUGCCGUGGGUGGAACCAGGCCUUCCACAUGCCCGAGCUGUGGCGCUGCUUCGAGUUUGAGCUCAACCAGCCAGCCAGCUCCUACCUGAAAGCCACACAUCCGGACUUGAUCAAGCAGAUCAUCAAGAAACACUCCAACCACUUGCAAUAUGUCAGCUUCAAGGUGGACAGCAGCACUGAGUCUGCAGAGGCUGCUUGUGACAUUCUUUCACAGUUGGUGAACUGCUCACUCAAGACCUUAGGGCUCAUUUCAACAGCCAGGCCCAGUUUCAUGGAGGUCCCAAAGUCUCACUUCAUCUCAGCGCUGACAGUGGUGUUUGUCAACUCCAAAUCGCUUUCGUCGCUGAAGAUCGACGACACACCAGUGGAUGACCCCUCGCUGAAGGUGCUGGUGGCCAACAACAGCGACACACUCAAGUUGCUCAAGAUGAGCAGCUGUCCUCACGUCUCGCCGGCAGGGAUCCUGUGCGUGGCGGACCAGUGCCACGGUUUGCGGGAGCUGGCGUUGAACUACCACCUCCUGAGCGACGAGCUCCUGCUGGCCCUGUCCUCAGAGAAGCAUGUUCAUCUGGAGCACCUGCGCAUCGAUGUGGUGAGCGAGAACCCGGGCCAGCACUUCCACAGCAUUAAGAAAAGCAGCUGGGAUGCCAUGGUGCGCCACUCGCCCAAGUUCAACCUGGUCAUGUACUUCUUCCUGUACGAGGAUGAGUUCGGGCCCUUCUUCAAUGACGAGAUUCCCGUCACGCACCUUUACUUUGGCCGCUCUGUCAGCAAAGAGGUGUUGGGCCGCGUGGGCCUGCACUGCCCACGCCUGGUGGAGCUGGUGGUGUGCGCCAACGGCCUGCGCCCGCUUGAUGAAGAACUAAUCCGCAUCGCCAAGCGCUGCACGCAGCUAUCCGCCAUCGGUCUAGGAGAGUGUGAGGUGACCUGCAGCGCCUUCGUGGAGUUUGUCAAAAUGUGCGGUCGCCGCCUGUCGCAGCUCUCCAUCAUGGAGGAGGUGCUCAUCCCCGACCACAAGUACUCCCUGGAUGAGAUCCACUGGGAGGUCUCCAAGCACCUGGGCCGGGUUUGGUUUCCGGACAUGAUGCCCACCUGGUAGGAGGAUAACGACGACGACGGUGGACCCGGAAGUCUCAAAGGACACACCAAAAUGUUCGCCCGCCAUCAGGACAAAGCUGUCUAACACCACGUCCAACCACAGAGCUCAUCGGGAUUCUUCGUCGCCACGCGGCGAAAGGAAAAUUUCCCAGGAGCGAAUCGCCGCACAACUAUGCUCGCACUACAAUGGCCGACUGUAAGGGACGAGGGGCUUUCGAAUGAGUAUGUCCAAGAUGGCUGCUGCAAAUGGAAUCAAAAUGGCCACGACUAGGAGUGAAAUAUAUAUAUAUAUUAUACGUAUAUAUGUACGUAUUGUUCAGGUGAAGUUGUCCAGUGUCCAUUGACUGUGGACGUUUUCAUUUCCUUGUUUGUUUACAUGAUAUAUUUUUUUGGGGCUUUUGUUUGUACAAUUGGAUUUUCUCCUAAGCACCUUACGUCAAAUACCAAAUGAUCUUAGUCGGUGGAGCGGUGGUGGAUACAUGUAUGGAAAAAUGACAUAGUUGAGAUCGUUUCUAACCCUCCAGUAGUCAACUGGUUGGCUUUUACUUGCCCUAACUUGGCCGCGCUAUUACGUGGUUGCUCAGGUGCAUUUCGUAACAAAUCCUCGUUAGUUUCUUUCAACUGUGCAUUCUGCUUUCCCGCCUUUUAUGGCCCCUUCCCCAAUGUGGGGUAGCAAGUUCAGAUGAGUGAAACUUUUUUUUUUUUUCCUUUAAGAAGGAAGUCAAAAGCAUAUGUAUAUAAAACGCUGUGUGUUUGAUUGCAAUGGCAUAGAAAUGUUUAUUUCUUUUAUUUCACCCCGUGAGGGUUUCUUUCCAUUGAGGUGGCGUAACAUAAUAAAGCUUUUGUCAUUAAUAACUGUUAGUAAUGGAGAAACCUUCAGGACAACUAAUUGCAAAGUAUGGAAGAUAAAAGCCUACGAUUGGACAGCAGCUCUAAUUUGCUCUUAAAUAGUUGACAGUAUUUUUUUUGUUGGCUAUUAUCUGCUAAAAUGUCUGAAAAAAAUCUAUGCUGACAAGUUGACCCAGUAAUUUUGAGUUUUGACAAGUCAGAUUGUCGAUUUAAACAUGUUCUUUGUGUUGCGGCUCACCUAACUAAAGAUUGGUACAAGAUUUUUGGACAUGUGAUCUACUGCUAAUAAACAAUCAGAACCUCA